UGAAACUGUAACUUUGAAAUGUGUUUGGAUGAAUGCGGACUAUAUCUGUACAUCCGGCGCCGUUCUGCUAUUGAAAAAAUCUGGUCUACAAGAUUAUUUCUCAGGCUCCAAGAACUUUUUAUCAUUACUGAUGUCUGCAUUGGCAUUGAAAGGCAGUGACAAUACUGCAAACGAUGACUGGAAGUCAACUCUUAAGCUUCCGGAGAAGGACAUGCGUAUUAAGACGGCUGAUGUAACUGCUUUGAAGGGAAGCAGCUUUGAAGACUUUUGUUUGAAGAGAGAUAUCUUGAAGGGAAUAUACGAAAAAGGUUGGGAGUCCCCGUCCCCUAUUCAAGAAUCCAGCAUACCAAUAGCGCUGACGCACAGAGAUAUAAUGGCAAGAGCCAAGAAUGGCACUGGCAAAACUGGAGCUUAUUCAGUCCCUGUCCUUGAAUCAAUCGAUACUACAAUCAACAAAAUUCAGGCUAUUAUUUUGGUACCCACUCGAGAACUUGCACUUCAAACUAGCCAGAUCUGUAUAGAACUUGCCAAACAUACGGCUAUUAAAAUCAUGCUGGUAAUUGGUGGAACACUGCUUAAAGACGAUUUGAUAAGGCUAAGUCAAACCGUUCAUGUUUUAAUCGGCACUCCUGGUCGUUUAGUAGACUUACUAAGCAGGGGACUCAUUGACAUAUCCAAGUGUAAAAUUGUUGUUCUUGAUGAAGCAGACAAACUGCUGUCUGAGGAGCUCAUAAGUGGAGUCGAAGAGAUUCUCAAUGGUGUGGAUAAAAGUCGCCAAGUUCUUGUUUACUCAGCAACGUACCCAGUUACAGUUCAGUCAUUUAUGAAUCAGCAUUUGCGCAAUCCCUACCAAAUAAAUUUAAUGGAGACAUUAACGUUGAAAGGAAUUACUGAAUAUUAUGCAUAUGUACAGGAAAAACAUAAGGUACACUGCUUGAAUACAUUGUUUUCCAAACUACAGAUCAGCCAGUCCAUAAUUUUCUGUAGUUCAGCACAACGAGUCGAACUUCUUGCCAAAAAAAUCACCCAGUUGGGAUAUUCCUGUUAUUAUAUACAUGCACGGAUGUCUCAGCAGGACCGCAACAGAGUCUUUCAUGAUUUUCGGAAUGGUUGCUGCCGCAACCUUGUUUGUACAGACCUUUUGACUCGUGGAAUUGACAUUCCGACUGUGAAUGUUGUUAUAAAUUUUGACUUCCCAAAAUAUUCUGAAACGUAUUUGCAUCGUAUUGGUAGAUCUGGUCGUUUUGGUCAUUUGGGCAUUGCCAUAAACUUGGUUACGUAUGCCGAUAGAUAUUCAUUAAAAACAGUGGAAACAGAACUGGUUACUGAAAUCAAACCAAUUCCUAAAGAAAUCGACAAGCGGUUAUAUGUUGCGGAGUACCAAAAUGAAAAUAAUUUGGAUCCAAUGACAAGAGAGGCGCUGUUUAAUGGUCGUGGGUUGCCUUCAGGCAACAAGGAUGAGGUUGUAAACAAUCAUUAAUACAUAUGACUUCCCGGUGACUUCUGGGCAUUUACCUAAGAUGCUCGCCACUUUAGAAUCCCUAAUUUUUUGAGUUUAGGUUAUCCCUAUUAUUUUCUUCGCAGCUUCAAUGAAUCCAUUCCCACUCGUGAUAUGCUGUAUAGUUUAAUUUUUCCCAUCUGUCCUUUUCAGUUGGGAUUUGUUUUUUCAAAUGUUUAUUUUUUGUUAUUAUAAUUAACCCUAACCAGAACUCCCCGUUCCCCUGUAUUAUAUCCCAAAUGUACAGUUAGCUUAUAUGUUCAUGAUAUUAAUGAAUGUUUGCCAUCCGUGUCGCUUUGAAAGUCCCCUGUGGCUUUGUAGCAUCCAAAUGAUGGCUUUGAGGAGUGUUUUGGAUCUACUCGCCACCCACCCCAUAUUCUGUAUGUGGUCAGUGUUGCCCUCAUUCGCUUGCUCUUGGCUGUUGUUAUUACCCAGGAAGCUGACCAAUGGUGUUUUGUUUGAGUUUCAAAUAAUUAAUUAAAUAAAGGUUCUUGGUAGAAUAAAAGUUGCUUUUAUGUGUUCAAGGUUGGCUGGGUAAAUUUGCUUGGAAGUUCAAUCUUUACAUUCCUACUUAAUUUGUUCAGUGCCCUUAUCCACGGGUGUUGAGUACUGCCAUCGUCCGUGAAGGUGCGUCAGCAUUAGGCUCGUAUUCUGUCCUCAGAAAAAUAAACGUUUUUGCAAUAUCCAACAGUGCAUAGUAUUGUUAGUCUUUCAGAAGUAUGACUGUUAUUCUAUUAGUAUUUGUCGUAUUAUAGACGCCAUCAGGCCCUCGCAUUUUCAAAACACUUACGAGCGACCAUGGCUGUCCUUACUAGAUCGAUCGUCAGAAGCGAUGCGGGUAAAUUCAUGCUCCGUCAUUUUUGAAAGAAAGUUGGUCCUAAUGAUGACACGUUGCGAAUUCUCCGGUGGCACACACCAGAGCGUUGACAAAAAGUGGACGGGUACAUUUAGUCUUGUCGUUUCACGAAGUAUUACUGUACUAUUAAGUCCAACUAGCAGAAAAGUCGUCAUUGGGUGGUUCGUGAUAAGGUCUGUGUUUAUUAUAACGGAGGAUUGGUGGUCGAGAUUAUUUCACCUAACCUAUGAUGAUGCAGAAAGUGUUUAUAGGUCAACUAACUAGGACCUAAGCAUGCGACAAACAAGGACCAGCCUAUAUCAGGAUUAAGCUACGAUUUGGAUUCUCCCCACAAGUUUGUUUUUGACGUUAUAGAAAUAACACUAUCCUCGACUGAAUUUCAGGAAUUGAUCUUCUACCAGGAGGUCCACUAAGCAACUUAGAAUAUGCAGAUGACAUAGUCCUGUUUGGUGAAGACGCUGACAAAAUGCAGAGUCUUCUGUUAGAACUGAGUAAUGCCGGGUUGUUUGGGACGCGUUUCUCCCCAUCUAAAUGUAGAUUGUUAAUCCAGGACUGGCCUGCGUCAACCCCUGAACUAAGAAUAGGGAGUGAAGUAGUCGACAACUUAUCUUGGAAGUCUGAUUAGCCCUAAUGGGUUGGUGUCUGACGAAAUCUCUUAACGGAUUCAAAAAGCUUAUUUGGCUUUUGCCAACUUACGUCACCUAUGGCGAAGACGAGAUAUCCGUCUAUCAAGUAACAGACGAGUUCGUUCUGUUCUACUCUAUGGCUGCGACACAUGGCCAUUAAGAGUAGAAGAUACUCGUAGGUUACUAGUAUUUGACCACAGAUGUUUUGGGAAUAUUGCUCGCAUCAUCUGUGAUCACCGUGUAAGAAAUAGUAGGGUUAGACGCGAUGUAUUAGGGAAUGAUGGUAUAUCGGUUGGUGAGGUCAGACACGUUUAUUUAAACACAUACAUAUUGGUACAAGGGGCACCAAAUACAUAUGCGCCACACAAAAUAAGGAGAAAGAGGGAAGAUGC